AUGCUUUAUAAUGUUGAUGAUGGUCAUCGAGAUGUUAUUUUUGAUCAUUUUCAAGGUGUUAAACUAGAUGUUAUUGAAGAAGGAACUCAUUUUAUGAUUUCAUGGCUUCAUAGACCAAUUAUAUUUGAUAUUCGUACACGACCACGAUCUGUUCCAUCAAUAACAGACAUAAAAGAACGUGCUGCUCAAUUUGGUUUAUUACUGGAUGAUAUUUCAACUACACAUUUAAGUUUUAAACCUGAAUUUACAAGUGCUGUUGAAUUCAAACAAGUUGUACAUCACGAUGUUGAAAAACAACGAUUUUUAGUCGAAAAAAUGGAACAAAGUCGUCAAGCAAAUGUUAUUGCAGCAGAAGAUGAUGUUCGUGCAGCUGAUUUGAUUGGCAAAGCUUUAGAUGAAGCUGAUGAUGAUUUGAUCGAACUUCGACGAAUUGAAGCCGCUGAAGGUAUUGCAAAUCAAUUAUCAAAAUCAAGAAAUAUCGUCUAUUUACCACAUGGUCCUCAAAUGUUACUUAACAUUACUGGUGCUAUGCAAUAA